AUGCUCGGAAAAGCCAUGCUGACUUACGACGAGCUUCGCACAUGUCUAUCUACUGUGCAAGCAACAAUCAAUGAUCGCCCCCUGACAACAAUAACUGAGGACGGCGAAGAUCUCAUCCCAUUAACACCUGCAAUGUUUCUGCAUCCAACAAGGCAUUCUCAUUUCCCCGAGGGUCAAGUAAUUGGAGCAGAUGAACUACGGGGAACAUACAGAAGGAUGAGAGUAAUUCAGACCAAGCUGCAAUCUCGAUUCAGGACAGAAUAUCUGGCCCAUCUAAUCCAAAAGGGAAAAGAAAAAGGAUCUCGUCCACUUCAAGUCGGAGACAUCGUCAUGAUUGGAGCGGACAACGUGAAGAGGUUCCAAUGGCCAAUGGGUCGUGUGCUAGAGUUGAUUCCUGGACGUGAUGGAAAAGUGAGGGUGGUGAAAGCUCAAACUCCACAUGACUACGGACUAGUGAGAGGGAGCAACGGAACAUAUAUCCUCAAGACUGUGAAGAAAGGUCGCAUUCUGACGCGUCCUUUACAACGAGUAUAUCCUUUGGAAAUCUCGGGUAAAGAAGAAAUACCAGUUUCCGAAGAAGUGAGAAAACUUGCUGUUCAAAUCCAUGAUGAGAGGACAGCAACAGAUAUGCAAGACGAAUUGGCGACGGAGGAUGAUCGUCAAAAGGAAGUCAAGACGAAACGAGGGAGAAACCUGAAACCUGUCGCCAGAUAUGGACAAUGGAUUUCUCAUUUGUCGUUACAAGUUUAA